UGUCAACGACAAAGUCUAAACUUUGUUUUGCAAAUUCCUGCAGUGAUACUGUGAUACAUUUAUUUGCAAAAUGUAUGUUCUUUAACGAAAUUAAUGUGUGAAAGUUAUUAACAUGGGAGACUCUGUUGCUGGUCAAAGAGCUAAACGGCAAAAAGUUGAUAAACAUGGUCGCUUAUCUGCUUUUGAAAAACUUAAACAAUUAAAGGGAAAAGGAUCUAAGAAUAAAUACGAUGUAGAUGAGUUAGAGAAUGUGUAUGAUACGGUGGAUGAAAAAGAGUAUAGUGAUCGCGUGUUACAAAGACAAGAGGAAGAUUGGAUUGAAGACGAUGGUACCGGCUAUGUUGAGGAUGGGCGUGAAAUAUUUGAUGAUGAUGAAAUUGACGAUUCGUACGCUAUGCCUGACAGCAAAGAGAGUGGUAGAGGUGUUAAAAGAAAGGCUAAAGUUGCUCCCCCUAUAGGAAAAGGAAAUAUUAAGAAUCUUUUGGGAGCUAUGCCAGCAAAGAAAAAAGAGGAUGUAAAAAUAUCUGAUGACAAUAUAUUGUCAGAUAUAAUGUCUGAUUUAGAUGGCACUGCUGCAGCAACAGUAAAACCUAAAGCCCAAAUACACAAAUUGAGUAGUAUUGAUUCCAGCAAAAAGGAUGCACAGAAUUAUUUUAAGUCAUUAACUUCUGCUGUAAAAAAAUCUAAACCCACAAUAGUACUUGAAGAUCCACCUAAUGUAAAACAGGAAAUUGAAAAACCUGUGCUAGAAUUAAAUGGAGGUUCACCAAAAAAAAGCACUUGGAAAAUAGAUAAAGAAAUUAAAAAAGAACUUGAAGAUUCACAAAUACAAAACAUAGAGGAAUUUCAAACACAAGACAUUGAUUUGGGUGAUGAUUUUAGUAAUGAUGCUAUAUCUGCUGUUAACAUAAAAGAGGAAAUACCUAGUUCAUCUAAUACUAUAACAGAUGUAGCUGAAGAAUUUCUCAAUGAGGACUUUGAUAUAUUCGCAGUAAAGAAGCAGUCGCCUAAAGAAUUGAAACCAUUGCAUACAUCAUGGAAUGAACAAGUUGGUGAUAACAAUAUUAUUUCCAUACAGUCUGAUGGUAAAUUGCCUCUUCAAAGUAAUAAAGAUGGUAAAAAGGUGCUCAGGUUUUAUUGGUUAGAUGCCUGGGAGGAUAAAUUUGUUAAACCAGGUGUAGUGUACUUAUUUGGUAAAGUGUAUGUGAAUCCCACUAAUAAGAAAGCGGGUUGUGUCUCAUGCUGUUUAGUUGUAAAGAAUAUAAACCGUCAAAUGUUCCUGCUGCCUAGAGAAUAUAAAUUAGACCCAGUGACACUAGAGCCUACGGAUGAGGAGGUUGGUAUAAUGGAUAUGUAUCAAGAGUUUAACACUUCUGUGGCGGCUGAGUUGGGUAUAAAAGAGUUCAAGUCGAGAAAGAUUACUAAAAAUUAUUGUUUUAAUAUACCAGAUGUGCCUGCACAGUGCGACUAUCUGGAAGUCAAGUAUACGGCUUCCAUUCCACCGCCGCCUAACAAGAAAUAUCUCACAUUCUCUCAUAUAUUUGGAGCAAACACUUCAUCGCUAGAGUUGUUUCUCCUUGAAAGGAAGAUCAAAGGACCUUGUUGGCUUGAAGUUGUUGAAGCUGAGAGUGUUGGUGCAAAGGUGUCAUUAUGCAAACUGGAAGCAAGUUGUGAUAAUAUGGAAAAUAUAAAUGUUAUUAGGAGUGGUGAAGAUUUGGAACCUCCUCCUGUUAUUAUUGCGGCCAUAAAUAUGAGAACAGUGACAGAUGCAAAAACAAAUAAAACAAAAAUCUUAAUGAUAAGCUGUUUAUCGCACAGCAGUUUUCCAAUACACAAGCCACCCCCUAAUCCACCUUUUCAACAACAUUUUUGUGUAAUGACAAAAUGCAAUGAAUUAUGGCCAAUUGAUCUUAAACAAAAGCUCCCGCAGUACAAAGCAACAAAAUUAACCAAAUGUGACACAGAAAGAGAACUAUUAAACUUCUUUAUGGUUCAGUUUUGGAAAUUGGACCCCGAUCUGGUCAUCGGUCACGAUCUGCAAGGAUUCCAACAGGACCUCUUAAUAGGAAACAUUCUAGACCUAAAGAUACCGAAUUGGUCUCGUCUAGGCAGGCUCAAUAGAUCUGUGGCCCCACAGAAAAGAUUUGCAGCCAGAGACGCCUUUUUGGGAAGACUCGUUUGCGAUAUUAAAAUCUCAGCUAUGGAAUUAAUUAGAGCGAGAAGUUUCGAUCUGGAUACAUUGUGCGUUAAUGUUCUGAAGAUGAAAGAAGGCGACAGAAUAGAAGUGGCCCUAGAAGAUUUACCUCGAUACUACGAAAACAGCGACGAUCUACUCAAACUCAUCACGCUUACUAUGCAAGAUGCUUCAUAUAUUCUAAAAAUCAUGUGCGAACUCAACGUUUUACCACUGGCGUUGCAAAUUACUCAAAUCGCCGGUAACGUUAUGUCUAGGACGCUUUUGGGGGGUCGGUCUGAGAGAAACGAGUUCUUGCUCCUGCAUGCGUUCACCGAGAAGAACUAUAUCGUCCCUGAUAAGGUUUACGGAAAGAAAAAUAUCGUCGAAGAUGAAAAUGAAGAGGAAGCGGUCAACAAGAAACAGGGAAAGAAAAAAGCGGCCUAUUCUGGUGGAUUGGUUCUUGAUCCGAAAAAGGGCUUCUACGAUAAACUUAUUCUUCUAAUGGAUUUCAACUCUUUGUACCCAAGUAUUAUACAAGAAUUCAACGUGUGUUUCACGACUAUAAAAAGAAGAAUCACUACAAAUACCGAUGACGAUAUAAACAAUCUGAUCCUUCCUGCACCUAAUACUGAAUUUGGAGUUUUACCAACACAAAUUCGGAAACUCGUUGAGAGUAGGAGGGAAGUCAAAAAGUUAAUGAAGGCCCCAGAUUUGCCCCCAGAACAAUACAUGCAGUAUAAUAUAAGACAGACUGCCUUGAAACUGACUGCAAAUUCUAUGUAUGGGUGUCUCGGAUUCGCACACUCGAGGUUCUAUGCAAAGCCGCUGGCGGCGCUAGUCACCAUGAAGGGCAGAGAAAUCCUCAUGGAUACCAAAGAAAUCGUCCAAAAACUUAACUAUGAGGUCGUCUACGGAGACACCGACAGUUUGAUGAUAAACACAAACUGCUUAGACUACGAUCAAGUAUUCAGAAUCGGAAAUGAUCUAAAACGGGAGAUCAAUAAAAAGUACAAACAAAUCGAGUUGGAUAUCGAUGGAGUUUUCAAGUAUCUCUUGCUGUUGAAAAAGAAGAAAUAUGCCGCCGUAGUUGUGAGUAGAAAUAAAAAUGGGGAAUUGGUGUACGCUCAGGAGCACAAAGGUUUGGACAUUGUGAGACGAGAUUGGUCCCAGUUAGCGGCCGAAGCGGGGAAGUUCAUCCUUAGCCAGAUCCUCUCCGAACAAAGUGCUGACGAAAGGCUUGAAAGCAUUCAGAAUCAUUUAAACAAGCUGAAAGAUGACCUCAUGAGCAAUCAGAUACCGCUAUCGCUUCUAACAAUAACAAAACAACUUACGAAAAACCCGAACGAAUACGCCGACAAGCACGCUCAACCGCACGUACAAGUCGCCCUCCGACUGAAUAGUAAAAACAGUCGCCGAUUCAAAAAGGGCGACAUAGUCCCUUACAUCAUAUGCGAAGACGGAACCGCGAACUCGGCAACCCAAAGGGCCUACCACGUGGAGGAACUAAAAAGUUUGGAAACUCUCAAAAUCGACUACAGAUAUUAUUUAGCGCAUCAGCUACAUCCGGUCAUAUCCCGUAUAUGUGAGCCCAUCGAAGGUAUGGAGCCGGCGAGAGUGGCAGAUUGCCUCGGCCUCGACCCGUCCGGAUAUCGUCAGGCGAAAAAAGAAAACACGGAAACGUACGAAGUUGAGAAUGAGCAAGAGAAGUACCGGCACUGUAGAGAGUUCACCUUUGUUUGCGUGAACGAGAGAUGUAAAGUGGAGAAUCGGAUAAGAGAUACGUUGCUGAAAGGGGAUAGAGAUAGUGUGACGUUUUUAGAGAAAUGUCAAAACGAAAAGUGCGAAUUGCGACCGGUUGACUAUUUGGCGAGUGUGCAAAAUCAGUUGAGUUUGCAAAUACGGGAAUAUCACAACGAGUAUUAUGCGGGGUGGGUCUCGUGCGAGGAUCCGGCGUGUGGCGGCCGAACAGUGCGUCUGCCUCAGACAUUCACGGCCGGAUAUCCGGUGUGCCGGCAUUGUGAAAAGGGACUGAUGUUUAGAGAAUACACUGAGAAAGACCUGUAUUUGCAGCUUAACUUCUUCCUCUAUCUCUUCGAUUUGAACAAACAUUCCAACGCAAAAACGAAAGUAUCAACUCAAGUUGCCUCCGCAUUUUUGGUCUUAAAGGAAAUGGUUGAAAACUGGCUUUCACAUUCAGCUUAUUCAAUAAUAUCUCUAACAAAAUUGUUCAGAUUCUUCAAUGUGGAUACAAAACUCAAAAUGAAAUCGGAACCCGUAGAAAUUGAUAUAACCCCAGAAACAGAACACAUUGACGCAUUGAUGGAAAUGGGCGUUUAUUAAAAUAGUUAUAAAUUGUUGUAGUGUAAUCUGUAUAUAGAUAGCCUAAUAAAUUUUAUACCUACA